GCGCUGCCCAGCGAUCGUUGAAUCAGUUGCGAGGCAGAAGCGCGAGAGUUAAGAACGUGAGACGGAACCCAACCAGGCAUAGAAUCGCAUCAACCACAUCCCAAGAUGAUCUGGAAGACUUUCACGCCGCUGCUGCUGCUGCUGCUGCUGGCAGCGACCACAGCUGCGUCCCACUUAGCCUCCAGCACCACAGAGCGGCUGUCGCCCACCACCACCGUCGGUGUGGCGGAGCAGAGCACUCUGAUCAAGGAAGAAGAAUUUCCGGCCAUGGCACCUGCCCAGGCAGUGGAGUCGUCCCAGCCGAUUCUGCUGCAGCCGCCACCGAUUUCCGGCGCCAGUGGGGCCGAUGAGGCACUGCGUCGUCGCACUGUCACCUACGACCAGCGACAGGAGGGGCAGUACAACAUUCGGGCCGAUCUGGAGAAUUUCAUGAUCCUGCUGAUACCGCCCGGACCGCAGGACGGCCUCAGUCUGCUGGACAUCCUCAGCCGUGGGGCAGCGACCAAGAACGGCAAUCGCAAGAGCCCACAGCGCAGUCCCUCGCUGAAGUCAUUCUACCAGAGAAACCAGCUCCAGAGGCUGCAGCAGCAGCAGCAACAGCAACAGCAGCUGCAGCAGCCUGUGGUGGCCCUGCCCGAAUACAUUGAGGGACGCACGCCCUACCACGUGGACAUCUCGGCCAGUGACACCGAGCAGGCGCAGCGACUGCAGCGCCAGCAGGUGGAUGUGCUGCCGCCGCAACUGAUACAAAUGCCGCAGCUCAUCAAGCCCUUCCACCUGGAGGCGGAGCCCGAGCUGAUCCAAGCGCUGCCGCCGGUGCCGGCCACGAGCAGUGCUGCAGGAUCGAAGCUACUCGACAGCUACAAUCAGCCGGGAUCCCAUUACUUUCGCAACUCGCGCGCCCUGAGGGGCGACAACUACCUGGAGACGAACCGACUGGCUGCUGGCGGCGGCGAGUACGCCCCGGCACCGCAUCCACGCUCCAUCAGCGUGCCCAUCUAUCGGGGCGAGCUGAGCGGCCAGGCCAAUGCCCUGUAUCCGCCCAUCGAUGCCCCGGCCUAUGUCCUGAACGAAGCGCGCGGCUGGCAGCUGGAUGACGAGCCCACCCAGUUGCAGCCAAAGCAUUUGCUGCAAACGGACAUCAUCAGCUUCGAUCUGCUCUCCGAUGAUCUGGCCGACUCCAAGACCCUGCUCAGGGACGGGCUGGCCCGCUGUGCCCGCGGCGAGAGGCGCGACAGCUACGGCGCGUGUCGCCAAAUCGAGGGCUACUGACGCGACACGCGUACGAGAGCUUCCAGACUGCUGCUAAACGAAAGCCUAAAUAUUAGUUUUAUUAGAUUAAAUACAGUACACACCACACAUACAUUUUGCACACUCUAGAACUAAGCUGAGCUGAGCCGAGCCUAUUACUAUUAUCUAACAAAUAAAUAAAUGCGAAAAACCCA